AUGGGCAUGGCUCAGGGGCCCGGGGAGGAACUGAGUCCCCGGGGAAGGACCGUCUAUUCCGACGCGGAACUGGUGAGAGCGGAAGGCCGGCUGCUCACAGCCCUGUCAGCGCAGCAGCACCAUGGACGCCCACCCGGAGUUUCACCGCUGCCGCGGGACCCCCAUGCCACUACCCUCCGCCCUCUUCCGCCGCCGCCGCCUCCACCUCCUCCGCGGAGACCCCCCGCCCACUCCACACACUCUCCCAUCAUGCAGCGGGGGAGCCGCUGCCGCCGACACGUCACUUCCGGGCGCAGGUGGCUAGGUCGGGACCGGGCGCUGGUGGGUGCUGUGGGGUGGGGGAGGACACUCCAGGGGAAUUGGUGUCACAGAACGCUUAUCCCUGCGCAGGCGCUCUCGUGCAGAGCGCCGGCCGCCAUUUUGGGUGCGGGCAAGCUGCCCUUUCCUUUUACUUCCUUGCGAGUCAUAGAGCUGUAGGGGGAUAGACGUCUUCCCGCACUCAGGCGCCGGCUGAGGCUGCGCUCCCGGCGAGGGACAGGUGCUCCUCUCAGCCGGUUAACGUUCAGCUCAGGACCAGGUUAAGUUUCUUGCUCUCCAAAUAAAAUUGUAAAGGUUUGGAAAUAUAGAACCACAUUUUUACCAAAAACCUACUAGAGAGCAUUCGUCAGCUUGCCCUUUUCGCCCCGAAAAACGACUUUUUCACUCACAGCCCGUCUCUUCCUCUUUUUAAAUUUAUGCCGACAGAGGAAGAAGCUGAUAUUUAACAAAUAACAAGAGAUUGCGAUAAAUAGAAUUUAAGGUGGGAAAGCAGCCGCCAAACUGACAAAUCGUCUUCGACGAGAAAAUAAUAGUCCGGAAUUUGGCUAAUGGAUGGAGAAGGUGGUCGUUUUUCAUAGAUCCUUACGGAGAAUAUCCAGUGAAGCUAAAGAGACCACCAUAAACUUCUGCAUUCAAACGCAUUUCUGGAACAGAAGUCGUAACCGAUUUUGUUUCCAUCAUCAGUCCUGAACAGUUGAUUAUUUGAAAAUAAUCAACUGUUAUUUAUAUAAAGGUAAUAAAAAUAUUACCUUUCCUCCUCCUUUACAAUGAAUAUCUGUUAGAACACCAGCCAGUGUAACAAUCAGAGUACAAGGCUACAGGAUUAUGAUUACUGUCUCGGAUGAUGAGCCCGGGGUCCUACAAAUCAUGACCCCCGUCGGCUCCUCAUUCUGCCCAUAUUUGCCAAACGUCUGCAUCAGUAAUUUGAAUAAUUUAAAAUAGUCCCAAAAUAGCAAAGCUCAGCAGUUAUGCAAAGAAACAAGAAUGGAAAACACCCCCUCAGCCACAGAGAAGUGUCCACCCCUUUGGGUGGAGGAAUUAUACAAAUCAGGAGAAAGAUAAGGACAAUAGCAGUUCAUCACGAUUUAUCCCGCCUCUGCAAUGUUCUAGACAAAUUAACUCGGAGCGCUCCAAUGGACCCGCAUUUGUCUCUUUACUACUCAAUCGCUGUAAGAUAUACGGAGACUGCAUCACUUUAAAUGGGAGUAUCAUUUGCUUUGUGGUGAUGCUGGAUUUUGUGUUAUUGCUCAGUCACUAAAGUAAGAAAAAUCUAUACGGCUUGUCAAAUUUAUGCCUAUUGUAUUUCGCCCCCUGCUGGUUUAGCUCGUGUGCAAGCUUGAAUUUGUGUGUGUGUAGAAACUAGAAAUUGAUUUUAAACGAAUACAUGCUUGUUUUCAUUUUACAGCUGUACUAAACAGAAAUAUCAAAAUAAGAACAUAUGACUAGACCUUAAAGCAGACUGUACACUAAGAACAUGUUUAAACUAAAUGAAUUUAAACUGCACUCCAGCCUGGGUGACAGAGUGAAACCCUGUCUAAAAAAAUAAUUAAAUUGCACAUCCCCUAUCAGCUUACAAUUUUGUAAUAGGGAAAUUGAGUACCUAUUUGGCCAACUAACUUGUAAUUGGUAAUCUUACAUGUAAUUCUGAAGACAGUGACCUAAUGCUUAUGAAAUUUUAUUACAAAAGGAAAGUAUUUGAGUGUUUGUAAGAUGAUAAAUCUGUGGGAAAUAUAAAGUCCAUUUCAUUUGGAGUCAAUGAUAGUAUUGUUUUUACUUACCUUUUAAAAAUUAUGGCCAUAACUGCAUUAUCUAAGAUUUGGCAUCAAGAAAAGAGGAAGAAAAAAAUUACCAGUUAACAUUUGUUGUAUUUACUUCUAGUUUUUUUUCCUGUCCUUACUUUUUACAAACUUGUAAUCAUAAUUUAGAUUUUGUGUCCCUUUUGUCACCUAAUUUUGUGUUGUAAGCAUUUCCUCCCAUCGUUUAAUAUAAAACCUUAAUUUUAAUUGGCUGCUUAGUAGUCAAUGGAAUGACCACUAUAUGGAUAGUUUUCACUACUAUAAAAUAAUACUUAGAUGAA